AUGACAUUAAUACUACCUAUAGAUGUACGAAAAACCCAUGAAAAGCGCCAAAACGACAAUAAUAUUCCCCAUAGACCCACCAGCACACCUGCAAAUGGUUCUAAGCUCCCCCCCAAACCAUCUAAAGUUCCAUUUCAAGCGAUGAGGUCGGAGGUGGAUCGAGAUAAAAACGACAUUGAAGCAUGGGAACGGUUCCUCAAAGCCUUAGAAGAUUCAUACAAGCUGCAAAAUGAAAAUGGAACGCUGGACGAUGCUUUAAGUUUGUUUUUGGACGAAAACUAUAAAGCUCUACUUGAACGGUUUCCCUACUUGACCCACCAAUGGAAGAACUACUCCGUGUUCAAGUUUCAGUUUCAGGGCAUAGACGCUUCAAUUGACGUUCUUGCACAAUCUGUCGAAAAACAUCCAACUUCUGUCGAAUUGUGGACCGAAUACUUGACGGCUAUGACCACUCAAGACCCCGAAUACAACGACGCUCAGUGCCUUCGAAACCUCUUUAUCAAAGCAAUUGAUAUCAUUGGCCACCACUUUAACAGCGAUCCUAUAUGGGACAUGUACAUUGGCUUUGAAACGAAAGUUUCCGGUCCAGAGUCGGAAGAGGUAAUUUCCAUCUACUCGAAAGUUACUCAUAUCCCGCUAUACAAAUACGCCAUUUACUUUGAGCACUAUUCAACGAUAAACAAAGGUGCCAAAUUGCACCAGAUCUGUUCGAAAGAUGUCAUUGAUGAAUAUUUACUGAAGUUUGAAAAGUCUUCAGAUGAUGAAUUCACCGAGGUUGAAACCAGCCAAAUCAUCGACGAUUACUGCUACAAAGUUUUCACGAAUAUCCAAGAGCUUGUGGGUGAGUUCUGGAACUUUGAGUCGCAAAUUGAGUCUUUUGACUACAAUGGAAAAACUGUACCUAAAGAAAAAAGUAUCUGGAAAGAGUACCAAGAUUAUGCUAUCUCGAAAUUUCAAAGUGAGCCAAGUGAGGUCAAUUACAGCGUGUGUGUCUCGAUCUUUGAGCGGUCUCUCGUUCCCAACUGCGGUGAUAGUCAAUUUUGGUUGAAAUACGUCUCGUUUCUAAACUCUUCCAAUUUUCAAAUAGAGCACAAAAGAUCCAAAAUCGAAGUUGCCUACAAUAGAGCGAACAAUACUUUUGUUCCUGUCACCGAAACAACAACUCGAGUCAGUUAUAUUUACUACUUGAUGUCGUUAAACGAGCCUACCGCCGCACUUGACCAAUUAUUGGGUAUAAUAGAAACUAUGGCUGGCCCAGAUUUGUACCUCAAACAGCAGUAUUUGGUUUAUGUGAAGCUCUUUGUCGAUAUUCUUGCUGAGUUAUCGAGCGAUUUCGUCAAUACCAGCAAAAUCGUAAUCACCAAUUUUUUCGAAGACGACCAUACAAGUACUUCAAUUCCAGAGGGAGAUUAUAGCGACCAGCUCAACCAGUUUUUCCAACUUUUGAAUAAUGAUUCUAUCUGUAUUGUGGUCUUCAAGUAUCUUCGCCUAGUUGACAAAAAGUACAAAGAUGACAGGAAAAUGGCGAGUGAAACUUUGCGCACCUUUUUCAACCAAUACUAUCGUCAACCAGCGCUCUCCAGAUCCACGAGAUUCUGGCACUUUUAUGUCGAGUUCGAAGGUGUCAAGAUGAAAGAUAUGGUAAAUCUUCGAAAUGUCAUCAAUUACAUCAAAAGCUAUAGCCAACUUCCCAAAACAUGCAUCGAUGCUAUAGCGGACCAAGUGUACGAUUAUGCUACGUGCAAUUUACCUGUGGUUGUCAGAGAAGAACUCCAAGACGAUCUUUUGUUGUCGGUGAAAAGCAGUAGCAAUUCCAUAAUUAUUGACCACAAAUUACGAAGCCGACUUGCCAAUAACAGCUUUAUCGUCCAGGAUAUGGAGGACCGAAAGGAAAAAAACGGCAAGGAAUAUGAGCUAUUGAAGCUUCUUCGCAAGCAUGUAAACCAUCCUGGUAUCUUGGUUGAUGCUCAGCCAAGUAUCACCAAUGAAAUUGCAAUAGAGGAUAUCGAUAUACCUCAAGCUGGAGUACCCGACUUACCAACUUUUCGCAAUGUCGAGAAAACCAACACCCCAAUAAAGUACCCCGAAUAG